UUUUAGUCACAACUAUCAGUAAAUUUCUGAAUUGAAUGAAUGAUGACUCCUUGCUGUUUGAAAAACUGAAAACAAGCCGAAGGGAUUACCUGCUCAGAGGCACGGGGGGAUGCUUUGGAGGGAAUUUAUUGGCCUCGCCAUCCAAGAAAAAACUUAUUCGAAGUCUAACUGUGGUUCAGCAGAGAUCUAGAAAGAAGUAUCCAGUGAAGCCUUCUGAUUAUCAGCUGUAUGAGGAGGUGGGUGUGGGCAGCAGUGGAAUAGUGUACAGGGCUCUCUGUGUUUCAUUCAGUGAGAUCGUUGCAAUUAAAGUAGUGGACCUUGACAAACCCAGUGCUACUCUGGAUACAAUAUGUCAUGGAGUUCAGGUAAUGGCCUUGAAUAGCCAUCCGAAUGUUUUGCGUGCCCAUUGUUCGUUUGUAGUAGAUUGUAAUCUCUGGGUUGUAAUGCCAUACAUUGCUGGGGGAUCUUGCCUUCAUCUAAUGAAAGCUAUAUAUCAAGAGGGAUUUAAAGAGUCAGUCAUUGCAUCUUUCUUACGAGAAGUGUUAAAGGCAUUAUUCUAUCUUCACAAUCAGGGACAAAUACAUGGAAAUGUUAAGGCAGGAAACAUCUUAGUUGAUGCAAGUGGGGCGGUUAUAUUAGGUGAUUUUGGAUUUUCUACAUGCACAUUUGAUAAUGGCGACACACAGUGCUCCACUAAAGCAUUUGUGGGAACAUCCAACUGGAUGGCUCCAGAGGUUAAAGAGCAACCUCGCAGUUGUGGCCCAGGAAUUGAUAUAUGGUCCUUUGGAAUAACAGCGUUGGAGCUGUCUCAAGGACAUGAUUCAUUUAAUAAGGAUUCUCCUAUGAAGGUUGUGCAGACAUCCUUACAAAGACUAAAUGGAGGAAAUAAUAAUGAAAGGCACAAGAAGCUUUCUAAGCCUUUCCUGGAAAUGAUUGCUAAGUGCUUGAAAAAGGAUGCAUCACAGCGACCAUCUGCAAUAAAGCUUUUGAAACAUUCUUUCUUCAAGAAUGCCCUGAACAGUGAAGUUGAGGCUGAGACUGUUUUCGAUGGUCUACCUCCUUUGGGAGAUCAGUUCAAGGCAUUAAAGCUAAAGGAAGCAGGCACCCUUGAAGAAAAGAAAGUUUCCAGUGAGGAGCAAGGAGAUCAAUCCCAGAGUGAAUACAAAAAAGGGGUCAGCUCAUGGAAUUUCAACUUGGAGGAUUUAGAAUUUCAGACUUCUUCAAUACAAGAUGCUGAAGAAUUGCAUUAUACAAAAGCAAUAGAAAAUCCAAAUCCCAUGAAAGAAAUAGAGUCUAUGGUAAAAACUGAAUUGGUUGGACCAGAGAAUAAUGGGCAAGGUGGAGAUUAUAUGAUACAUCUUCAGUCACACUCUUUGGAAGAUUCUGUGCCACUCCAGUCUCGAAAUGGACUAAAAGAAAAUGUUGAUGUUUUUGAGGGCGAUAUCAAUCCUCACAGCAUGCCUGAGAUGGAGCAUAUUAAGUUUAAGGACCACAAAUUGGUGGUAUUGCAGGCGCAGAAGGAUGAUGGAUCAAAGGUUCAUGAUUGUGGGGAUACUUUGGAGAAAAAGGAUAGUAUUCUGGAGGAUGGUCAUCAUGUUUCUGAGCAAAUUCCCAAUGUUGGAAAUGUUCCUCCAGGUGGAGAUAAAAGUAACAGGGAUCAACAUCAGACCAAGUUGGAACAAAAUUCCAGCAGAUCAACAAAUUUUCAGAGGGUGAAUGUCACACACUCUUCUGACUGCAUUUACAGGCGAACCAAUACAGCAGGAAACCGAGACAGUUUAGGGGAAAUGUCAGCUGUACCUGCUGUACAGAAAAAGGGGCGUUUCAAAGUUACAUCAGAAAAUUUAGAUCCAGAGCCACCAACAGUGGUGCCUUCCUCAACAAAUUCUAAAUCUACUGUAGCAAUGGCUACGAUCCUUCCCUUUAUGCAGAAUAUUUCAGAACGUAAUGAUACACAAAGGGAACAAAUUGUUAACCUAAUCAAGUCUCUGAGCCAGGGAAAAUUUUCUUCAGCGCACUUCUCUAAUCUUGGUACCAAGCUACCAUCUUGUAAUGGUUUUGACAAUUUAACGAUUGAAGCACCUUCAGAGAGGGAACAAGAGCUGUUGCAGCAGGUAGUUGAGUUGCAAAUCAGGGUUACAAAUAUCGCUCAUGAGAUACAAGAAGGAAAGAGAAUGAAUAUUAAGUUAGAACGACAAUUGAGUGCUCUUAAACAAAGAAAAGAAGUGGAUCAUAAGAGAGAGGCUCUUUGAGAUUCUUAUGGAUGGUAUUCCACUAUGUUUUUCAAUAACUAAUUUCAGCAUCAAGUGCCAAUGUCCAGAUUCGUUGGUGCUAAACAUGGUUCUCAUAUUAAAGACAAUGACAAAUUUCACAUACACUGUUAUCAAUGAGCUCCUGUUCCAGAAAAGCUUCAUUUUGAUGACCUCACAAUUCUUUCAUUUUGCAACAACUUGCACAUGGACUAAGAGUACAUGUGUAUGACUAGAUAUUUAUGUAAUAUCCAUACCUUCCUGGUCAUGUAUCAAAGCUGCUGCUAUAACUGACAUCAGCAGGACAAACAAAAAUUAUGGGUGUCUGAUACUUCUGAAACACAAUUUUUUGGUACAGUGGCAAAGGUCAUCAACUGUAUCACUAAUUCCUUUGACGUUAAUAUGUCCAUAUUGAUUUUGAAUUGUCUAAAGCUGGAAAUGAAAUGCACAUCCAAUAUUUAUUAGGUGCUCAUGCUCAAGCAUGACUUGGAGGAUAUGUACAUAGAAUUUCCUACCGGCCAGUACCGAAGUGGAUUUUUUUGGUGUCAGAAAUAUGAUCAUUUAUCAUCAAUAAUAAAAUCAUAUUUUACAUGUUUGUAUAGCAACUGCAAACAUUAUAUCUGCUUUGUACUAUAUUUCAACUUAUAGAAGAAAGCUUGUUAGUUUCAAACUGGGGUUGAUGUCUUUUAUUUUCUGUUGUCCUGGUGUAUAUCAAACGAUAGAAUUAUAUAAGUGCAAAUCCCCUUGAGCUUGA